AUGGCUGCACACGAGGGCUGCCAAGUCGGUCCUGAGAUCGCUCAUCUCGUCUGGCUUUGCCCACUGCUGCUUCCAGACCUGGCCCAUCGUCUCCAAGAUGCAGUACUACCUGCCCUCUUUGGCUCCUUCGACAACUUCCUCCGGGCGCUUCGGUGUGGAUCCUACCUUAUCUCGUCGGACCUCGGCAAGGUGAUCAAGCCCAAUGUCGUGUUCCCGUGGGAGUGCGGGCUAAGUGACUACGAUAUUGUUAAGUGUGAUGUUCAGGCAAGCGCGCUGCAGGCUAUCAUGUUUCUCGGUGAGGAGAAGGUAGCCACCAAACUGGAGUACCUGAAGAAGACGUUCAGGUGGGCUGAUGCCGAACUGAGCAUUAAUGGGCGUGCGUGGCGUGUGGCGGUUCGCUCGUGCGGCUAUGGGGUGGGGGAAGGCGGCGGCACAUCCUUUUGUGCUCUCAUUCGUCCCCCUCGUCUCUCUCUAGACGCCGCCGCCGCCAGCCAUCCUCUCCUCCCAGCCUCUUCUCCUCCCCAUCGGCCCCCUCACCCCCGUCUUGCAUCUCCAGAAGGGCGCUGUCGUCAUCCGCGGCGCCGGGGAAGGGGCGGAAGUGGAGCCUGCUGUGGCGGAGCGGAUCCAGGGACGACGCCGGGGGUUGUGAGACGUCCUCGACCUCGUCGUCCGCCGCCGCGUUCUUGCAUCUCCAGAAGGGCGCCAUCAUCGUCCGCGGCGUCGGGGAAGGGGCGGAAGGGGAGCCGGUUGUGGCGGAGCGGGUCCAGGGAUGGCCCCGGGGGCUACGAGACGUCCUCGACCUCGUCAUCCGCCGCCUCGGUCGUCGCGGCCGUGGCGCGCGCGCCGCCGGCGGACUUUCGCGUGAUCAGGCAGGAGUGGGCCGCCGUCCGCGUCCAGGCCGCCUUCUGCGCCCUUCUGGCGAGGCGGUCACUGAAGGCGCUGCGGAGGAUCGAGCGGCUACAGGCGCUGGUGCGCGGCCGGCUGGUGCGGAGGCACCUCGCCGUCACUCUCAGCCGCAUGGAGGCGCUGCUGAGGGUGCAGGAGCGCACCAUGGAGCGCCGAGCGCGCUGCUCCGCCGACGCUCAGUCACAGGACCUCAACGGCUUUGCCGAUCCGCUCAGGGAACCUGAGCUGUAUAUGAAGUUCCACAUACAUGAAUCUCCACUCAUCUGGCUGAGAUCCACCACUGAUGACACGAGUCUGCUACCCUGCUCUUGUGAAGGUAACCGAAGGCCUGCGCCUCCCACCGUGAUAUCUUCUCUUUGCUUGCACCUCUUCAUGCGAGUUGUCUUCCUACCGCGGCAUCACGGAUCUGCAGGGAUGUGCUUGGUCGUGGAAGAGGGGGUGGCACUAUCUUUCGUCCUUCUGAUCAGCACUACUCCGUCAAAUGCACUAAGGAAUGUCUCAUGGAAUUUCUCAAUCCAAUUGUUGAGCACUUUGGAAAGCACAUAUCUGUGUCUUCGUCUUCAAUCCAUCAUUUUCCAUAACCUUUCCAAAUGGGGGCAGUAUGACAUUGAUUGAUCGCUUCGUCUUCAAUCACUCACUGUCCAUAAACUUCCUAAGCAUGCAACAUGAUUGAUUGCUCAGGAAAAGGAUCUCCAAUCAGGAUGCAUCAAUGUGUAUGCGAUCUGUCUAAUGUAAUUAACUCCAUAGUUUGCUCGUAAGUUUUAUAACAGCAUUGUAAAUAAGUAGCAGCGCCGUACUGAAAGCCUGCAACAACAGCUAAAUGGGUCAAAGUGGCGGGUGGAGUUCAUGUGAAGUGCCACCUAUGAAGUUCAUUCACAAGGCGGUUGAAUAAAGCCACUUAUUAGUAUGUUUAAUAGCAAUGGCUAUGUAGUUCUUUCUUUAUUAUGUUGCUGCUCUUAUUACUUUAUCUCCAAUAUUCGCUCUUUUGGUACCGAACUUAA